GCUUGCUACCAACUACAAUGCCUCAUAAACCUGCCUUGCGUCACUUUUUGUACCUAGAAACUGUCGCAAAAGACAGCGGCUCACUACUAUGGCCAAAAACCACCACUUCACUAUAGGGUGGAUCUGUCCGCUCUCGCUCGAGCAGGAGGCCGCAAGGCUGGUGCUGGACGAAGAGUAUCCGCAAGAGGAAGUCCAGUACCAGAACGUAUACUACCUGGGCGGCCGAAUUGGAAAACACAAGGUUGUCAUGGGAGUGCAGCGAGGGAUAGGACUUGAAUAUGCGACGUCCCUUGCUGAGAGGAUGCGCGCCGGCUUUCCUAACAUCAAAUACUUCCUCCUUGUCGGCAUCGCUGGCGGCGUGCCUCGCUACGGGCCAGCUGGUGCAGGAAAAAAUAUCGUGCUUGGAGACGUGGUGGUCAGCUCCCCUCGAGGCAACCAUGGCGGGGUGUUGCAGUACGACAAAGGCGCAUGGGAGGGUCAAGGGCGACUGAACUAUCGCGGACACAUUAACAGCGUUCCUGGCGACCUUUUAGCUGCAGUCAACAACUUCCGCGCGGAGGGCUGGUCUAAGACAAACAUUGCAGAGGUCCUGGGGCAGAUGCGGGGCAAGCUGGACGAUGAGCGAGAGCACCAGUACGACGACCCAGGCGCCGACGCCGACCGGCUCUUCCAGGACACUUACAAGCAUCAAGGCACAGAGUCUGAAGACUGCAGUGCACACUGCGACGCAAAGUACAUCGUCUCACGUUCUGCUCGCGGAGAGGGAGCUAAGCGAUCGGUCGACAAGCCGUACGUUCACUUCGGCAACAUUGCAUCCAGCAACCAGCUGCAGAUAUCUGCCGUCGAGCGCAACAGAGUGCAGCAAGAGCAUGAAGCCAUCUGCUUUGAGAUGGAAGCAGCAGGAGUGAUGCACGAGUAUCCGUGCGUCGUCGUUCGGGGCAUCUGCGACUAUGCAGACUCGCACAAGAACAAGGGCUGGCAGAACUACGCGGCAGCUACCGCGGCAGCGUACGCUAAAGGGCUGUUGUCUAGGAUUCCGGCUAUAGAUGCUACAAGUAGUGCGCGGGCUAAAGAACAGCCUCUACCUCAGCAAACUGCAAGCACGCAGAACAACACCUUCGGCAACAGCAGUGACAGCAUCCAGGCCGGAAUCAUCAACGGUAACAUCCAGUUUGGGCGACGUUGAGUUUUGGGGUUGCAGCUCGUGGCAAAGUAACGAUAUAUAUCAAUACCUGAGAUACUCUUGAAACACUCUGAGAUGCAAUACUUUAAUGCAGUGCGGCAAGGCUUUAGAUAAAAGCCGAGUGCAGGCCUGGCGGCGUGAUCGGGACGAGGACGCAAAAUAACUUGACUCCAGCCGUGGACUUCGCGAGUGACGG